AUGUUGAACAAGUAUGUGCUAGUGAACUAUGUUCCAGAUACAAUAGACGACAAGGUAUUGUUUGGACCGCUUCUUAUUGGCGCUAGGUAUCCAUCCCUCAGGGGCACAGCGUUUGCAGAGCGUGGAAUAGAUUGUGCUUUUGGGUCUCAUCAUAAGGAUCAAGCAUUCAUUUUCUCUGAGAAUCUCUGUGCACAGAUUAACUAUGCACCACACAUUGCAAAUAACAAGAUAAUUAAAGGCCCAACGACCAUCGCUACAAUGUUCCCUUUCUUCACAAAGAAGGUGUUUGAAAGCGGCGUAGACGCCGCGUUUGAGUCAACUAAAAAAUAUGAAGCUUACCUCUUCAAAGGCGAUCAGCGUGCUCUUAUAAACUAUGAUUAUGAUUCCCACCUCAUCGCCAUCUAUCUCAUCAAUCAGUGGCUUUCCUAG